AUGGCAGACGCCACAGCCGAGACAGUCGCCAACACCUUCGUCGCUUCAUGGGUCUCUCGGUUCGGCGCGCCGUCCCAGGUCACUACGGACCGGGGCCCAAAGUUCGAGAGCCGUUUAUUCAAGGGCCUCACCGACAUCCUCGGGACAACUCGCGUCCGAACGACAUCCUAUCACCCUGCAUCCAACGGCCUCGUAGAACGCCUUCAUCGCCACUUGAAGGCCGCCCUCGUCGCCCACGAAGAUAGGGCACACUGGGUACACCACCUGCCUUUGGUGCUCCUCGGCAUCCGCGCAGCUGUCAAGACCGACAUCGGGUGCAGUGCGGCUGACCUUGUGUAUGGCUGUGCUCUGCGUCUUCCAGCCGAUUUCUUCGUGCCGCCCUCUCCCGACCCGUCCCCAUCCGUCUACCUGGACCGCCUUCAUCAGUUUUUCAACACACUCCAUACCCGGCCGUUGCCACCCGCGCUUCCUCCACCCGACGUGCUCACGUCCCCCAAGACCUGUCAUCCGCAACGCACGUGUUCCUGCGCACGGACGCCGUGCGGAAGUCGCUCACGCCGCCCUAUUCCGGUCCACAUCCCGUCCUCGGCCGCCACGGCAAGAACUUACGCAUCUCUAUCAACGGCCGAGGGGACGUGGUUGCCGUCGACAGAUUGA